AUCUCGUCCAUGCAUCUCGCGAAAUGCUGCCUGCCGCAGUGCACCCCUCGCUCCCCCCGGCCGUCCGGCUGCUGAUUCUGGGCUUGGGCUGGACCGGCCAGUUUGUUGCCCGGCUGGCUGCGCGAGAAUCGCUGGCCUUUGCCGCCACAACGACCUCCGGCCGCGAUGGUACCCUGACUCACCCUCCCGGUCUUGUCUGGUUCCAGAAAUUUGUCUUUGAUCCCAAAUCCACCGACGACGCUGCCUAUGCCGGCCUGCCCAGGGCCGAGUUCAUCCUGAUCACCUUUCCCAUUCACUCUGCCGAAGGCAUCCAUAAUCUGGUUCAGACCUACGAACGUGUCCACGACAUCAAGUCAAGUCUCAUUCUGCUUGGCUCGACCUCCGCCUUUGCUCCAUCGCCGCAGAACCCCCUCUGGCUCGAUCGUCAUUCGUCCCUGGUUCAGCCCUUGCCGGAUCGAUGUCUCGCCGAAAACAGACUGCUGGAGCUUGGGGGCUGCGUGCUGAAUCUGGCGGGUCUCUGGGGUGGCUCCCGCGAUCCUCGAAACUGGGUCUCUCGAGUGGCGGGCGACAAGGAUAAGCUCUCGAUGAAGGGCUCCCUCCAUCUCAUCCACGGCACCGAUGUUGCGCGUGCUGUCCUGGCUGCGUUCCAGUCGUUCACGCCCGGAGAGCGCUGGAUCGUCUCAGACACCCGGGUAUACGACUGGUGGCAUCUCGCAUCCGCCUGGGGCAGCGCCGGCUCCAGCAGCCCCCGGCCCGAAGCCAGAUGGGCUCUGGAGCUGAUGCAGCAGCACGGCGUCCGCGCUCUGCCACGCAAUACCGAGCUCCUUGGCAGGGCGCUGGAUUCGCGGGAGUUCUGGACCCGCUUUGGCAUCGAGCCCAGCGUCGCCUUGGCCUGA